AUGUUCAUGAAGGACUACCAUUCCUCUGCCUCUCCAUGGAUGGGUCCCUAUUCCUUCCUCAACCUCUGUCCCUCUGACUCUCCCUUCCUCUUCUCCUGGCUAAGCUUGAUACCACCAUCCUCAAGGAUACCCUCUCUGCCCUCUCUGAGCUCAACAAUGCCCAGGCCAUGA